GUUGUGGUCGGCUGCCACAGCGUCUUGCUGAGCCGAGUGGCCUCCCGUCGCUGGCCGCUGGGCACGGCCGUCGUGGUGAGCUUCUUCGUGUGCUGGGCCCCCUACCACCUGCUGGGGCUGGUGCUGGCCGCCGCCGCCCCCCACUCCGUACUUCUGGCCCGGGCUCUGCAGGCUGAGCCCUGGGUCGUGGGCCUGGCCCUUGCUCACAGCUGCCUCAACCCCUUUCUUUUUCUGUAUUUUGGGCGGGCUCGACUCCGCCUGUCACUGCCGGCUGCGUGUCACUGGGCCCUGCGGGAGUCCCAGGACCAGGAGGACAGUGUGGUCGGCAAGACAUCCACCAUCCAGGAGUUGGUGUCCGAGAUGGAGGUGUAGACAAGGAGGACACUGGCUGGCUGGCUUCGGGUAGAUCUGGAUCCAGGGGGCUCGAUGAUGUCUUCAUUUCAUUAAUAAACAUUGGUUAUGUGCUGGCUAAUUACAAGGCUCUGACAGGGCACUGGGGUACAGCAGUGACCAGGACAGAUACAGGAGCUGAUAUUCUGCUUGAGGAAAACGAACAAGAAGGAAACAAAGGAAUACAGACUAAGUCAAGGGUGAUAAAUGCUACAAUACCUAAAGGGGACAGAGAGGCUUGGGUAGGACAGAAUAAGUCAGCCUGGCAAGACCCUCAGAUAAGGUGAAACUUGAGCCAAAUCCUGAAGAAGAAAGGGAGGAGUCAUGUUUACAUCUGGGGCAAAGUUGUUCCAAACAGCAGACUAGCAUGUGCAAAGGCCCUGGGACAGACUAGGUGUAGCCCUGGCAUAGAGCUCUUGCCUAGCCUGUCCCCUGAAACACUGGAGACAA